UGAGAGUGGAUUAAUGGAGUUUCUCUGAGGAGUUUACACACAUGAAAUUUGGUGCUCUUAAGGAUAAUCCUUGUAGAGAGUCUUUACGAUGGAUUGGUUGACAACAAAAAGAAUCGGAGCCAAAACAAGGAAGAGGAAUGUCAAAGAGAAUGGCGAGGUUGUUCUAAAAGAGCUCAUUGAAUGUUGUGAUGGAAAAUGCAAUCCUAUCAAGAACUUCUCUUACGAUCAGAUCAUCAAAGCAACAGAUAACUUCUCCCAAAGUAACCGUGCUUCCCGGAUUGAUGUUUAUUACCGUUGCUAUAAAGGCAUACUUGAUGACCGCCCAGUACUUAUCAAGAAAGGAAAAUACACACUCGAUAUGAAAGAGAUUUGUCGCGACAUAGCGAUCUCAUCGAUGGUUAGUGGUCAUAAGAACUUCCUCAAGCUAUUGGGAUGUUGUCUUGAGUUCACUCCCCCUGUCUUAGUUUUUGAGUAUGCAGAGAUUAUAACUCUUGGUCCGCUGCUUGUAUCUCAUCCGAGAAAUCUGAGGAGGAUAAAGAUAGCAAGAGAGGUCGCAAACUCUUUGACUUAUCUUCAUACCGCAUUUUCAAGAGUUUUCAUCCAUUCGAAUCUAGAUCCUUUUACCAUUUUCUUAGAUGGAAAUGGGGUCGCAAAGCUCGGGAAUUUCUGCAACUGUAUCACAAUUCCAGAAGGAGAGACAUUUGUUCAUGAUGAUACAUUACAGAAAUACCAUGAGUUUAGGCACAUUACAUUAAAGGGAACCCAUGGACUUGGUGUAUGUAACUUACCGGUCAUUGAUCCCGACUGCAAAUCAACCGGUAAUGUCACGACAAAGACUGAUAUGCACAGCUUUGGAGCAUUCAUGCUAGCUCUUGUCCAGAUAAGGGAAGUUGAUGAUGAGCUAUCUCUAUCUUCGGAUAUGCUGAGAGCAUUAUCUGAUUUGUUCAUCAAACCUUAUGAUGAUGUUCGCUAUGUUCGCUUCCCGCUUCACCAUCAUAUUUCUAAGAUACUGAGGAAGUUUGGGUAUGCAGAGGUUGUAGAUUCAGAUAUGAGUGAGGUAGCUGUUUGGCCAGUUAAAGCCUUUCUUAGAUUAGCGUUGAGAUGCAUUGGAUGCAACUUGGGAGACCCGUUGAAUAGCAUGAUUCAAGUGGCGAAAGAGCUCAGGCUGAUUGAGAAAUCUGCAUAUUAUCCAUCAAACUGCAGGCAAAUGAGCACCAUAUGACAAGAUUUUUUUUGUAUCAGUAAUUUAAAGCCAGGAAUGCUAUUGACAUUGUAGCUUCAGUCUCAAAACAUUAACAUUCAAAUCUUUCCCGAUAGAAAAGGCAAAAAGUUCACAGAUUCGCUUCGGAACAUUGUUUACCUUCUAAUACC